AUGUGCGUUCUUAUUUGCACCUACGUGACUGACAUUCCUGCCCGCUUGGGCACUGCCGAAGGGCCGUAUCCGCCACCGCCUCCCGUCAAAACAAGACCUCGUGGCAUUGACACCUCCGGCUCACUUCAUGCACAUCCGGAGUCGACAGGGUCCCUAUCGGACCCGAGGCCGGUGAAGCCUGACCCUCCAUUCGAGGCCGAAAGCCCGGUGCACCGUAACCCUAGAACGCCGGAACGCCGGCCCAGCCAACCCGCUAAGCCCGCUUCGCUUUCGGGUGCCAAGCGAAGAUUUGAUGGCUCAACCCGCCCCAAUUCCCUCCUCCAUUGGGAACAUGAUACAUCAGAAAGUUACGAGAGCGAGCAGCACGGAGAAACUAAGCACCAUAUAGACGAGCCUAGACCUAGUAUCGACAAUUACAUCAUACUACAGAAUUCGCACAUCGAGGGGCACGCCAACGGCGCCGCCAUGCUAGAUUCUUGGCGCGGAUGA